AUGAUCGGCAAUGUAUAUGGUAGCCGUUUCUUGCAAGGAACAAAGACAACACUCUAUUUCAGGAACGGCCUUACACACAACAAAUCGCUCAUGGUACAUUGUAAAUCUGGGAAUAAUAAACCCCAAUAUCUGAAACCGGGAGGAAUCGAUUACCAAUUCAGCUUUCUUGAUAACCUUAUGCAGUGUACCAUGAAAAAAGGACCUGAUUAUAAAAUCUCUAAGACGUUUGACGCUUAUAAACAGGAAAUUGGUAAGCGUCACGGUGGCUCCUAUAACUAUCUUGCUAAAGAUGAUGGCAUCUAUCAUAGCAACUUAGCGGAACCCAAACUUACGAAGAAGUUUGAUUGGAACUAG